AUGUAUAGUCGCCGGAUGCCGGGCUUGGAAUCAGUCUUCGAAUUCUCUGACUGCCUGACUAAACUGCCGCAGCUGCGCACAUGUGCGGUGCUGUUGUUGCGGGGCGUGUUGCUCUAUAUCAGCAAGCGACCAGACCGUUCAGAUUCAGGACCUUCGUGCAUCGAACACAAAUAUAUUCAUCAGUCCGAAUUGAUGACCGCACCACACUGCUAUCCUGAUAUCGACCUACAAGAAAUUGGGCUCGACUCCCUCUGGAUCAUCUCGCAGAGCAGUGUCUCUUAUGGGUUACGAUGUCAGUCGGGUCGCCUUCAGCCCUACCCGAACAACGCAUCGGAAGACGUGCCGGGACGUGUACGCAAGCGUCCGCUCUGUCGAUACUGCGGCGGCAUACCCCAGGCUGCUGCAUGA